GACUGCCAGCUGGAGGCUUGAGCUUCCGGAUCCUGCAAGGGCUCCCGGCGCCCCAGGGAGCUGCCCUGUCCAGAUCAUGGACCCUGAAGUGUCCUUGCUGCUGCAGUGCCCCCCAGGGGGGCUUCGGGAGGAGCAGGUGCGGGCUGAGCUGAGCCCAGACCACGACCGUCGCCCACUGCCAGGAGGGGACGAGGCCGUCGCUGCCAUCUGGGAGAGCCGGCUACAGGCUCAGCCCUGGCUCUUUGACGCCCCCAAGUUCCGCCUGCACUCAGCCAUCUUGGCACCCACUGGCUCACAGGGACCACAACUGCUCCUGCGCCUGGGCCUGACUUCCUACCGAGACUUCCUAGGCACUAACUGGGCCAGCUCAGCUUCCUGGCUGCGACAGCAGGGGGCCGCUGACUGGGGUGACAGGCAAGCCUACCUGGCAGACCCUCUGGGGGUUGGCGCCACACUGACGACUGCAGAUAACUUCCUUGUCUUCCUGCGUCGCUCUCGGCAGGUGGCCGAGGCACCUGGGCUGGUGGAUGUGCCUGGUGGGCACCCUGAGCCUCAGGCCGUGUGCCCUGGUGACAGCCCUCUGCACAAGGACCUCCCUGGGGAGCUGGUGGUGCAUGAGCUCUUCUCCAGUGUCCUCCAGGAGAUCUGUGAUGAGGUGAACGUGCCACUGUCCACCCUGAGCCAGCCACUGCUAUUGGGCAUUGCCCGCAAUGAGACCAGUGCCGGCCGCGCCAGUGCCGAGUUCUACGUCCAGUGCAGCCUGACUUCCGAGCAGGUGAAGAAGUACUACUUGAGUGGGGGAGCCGAGGCCCACGAGUCUACCAGAAUCAUUUUUGUGGAGACACAGAGGGUAUGGAGGUUGCAGGAGACCGAAAUGUGGGUUGAGCUCUGCCCCUCGGCUAAAGGCGCUAUCUUCCUCUACAACCAAGUCCAGGGAAGUCCCACCUGAGUCGCCCUAGGGCCCUCAGCCCUCGCACAACUUGGAAGACAAUAAAGGACUUUAUUCUUGGAUUCCA